GAAUUUCCGGCUUCAAGCUUGCACAGAUUUAUGGGCCAAGGAACUCCCUGUUUCAUUUUCACAACGCGCCGUUGCAAUUCUCCGUUCCAUGACAUAGCUUUCUAGUCUUUCUUAGUACUUUCUCUGUCUUAGUGACUUUGAAACAUUUUGAUCACGGACUGAGGAAGCAAGGUCGUAAAAUAGUCAAAGGUUCCUUCCGUUUCCGCGACAGAGGUAAGAACGCAUUGUUGUAUCAGAUUAUCGAGUGUAAGGUAAAUACUUUUAUUUUAAUUUUUUUUUAGUUGAGAUUUCCUCCUUCAAAUGUUCCUCAUCUUUCCGAACUUUCUCUGAUUUCCGACAAUGAAAGACGUUCCUGCAGUUAGUGUAUGACGACGAUUGCCAACUUUUACUUUAUUCUGGCGUGUAUUAAUUGUAUUGCCGCUUCGUGUUAGUUACAAGCUUAUUAAGCUGAGCUUGUUUGAACAAGUUACAGCUGUCGAAUUCACAAAAAUUCGCAGGCAAUGCUUGACAUUUACCUUGGACAAAAUAAGUAAUUCGGGAGAGUUACAAAGGAUAUCCAAAUUAUCGAUUUGAUUCAGUAAAAGCCCUUUUGGUCGCAACACUUUCAGUUUCGUUUGCGCGUCAUGCGGAGCAUGUACACAAUCGUGUUUGUCACCAGCUUUCAUGUCGGGCUUAUGUACGUAUUAACUUAAUUUGCUCCUGUAUUUACGAUGCAUAUGAUCAAAAAGCGAUAAACAUUUUCAGCGUAUUUCAUGUGUUUAUGUUUAUCAUUUUAUACUGUAGUUUAAAAGUGAUUUUUUCUUUUCGAUAGACAGCUUAGAUUGUUCUUCCAAACUGUACUGUUAUACUGAUUUCCUUGUUAAAUAUUGACAAGUUGAUUUUUCUUCAAAUUCAGCUAGUUAUUUACUACAAGAGUCCUUUCAAUUAACUGCAUUCGAGUUUUAGGAAUCCAAUUCAUCAACUGGUAAUGAUUGAUUAGUGUCUGAGUGAAGUUUUACCUUUUGUCAUCUGCUUAUCAACAUACGAUCAGUCAAUAAUCAUAUCAACUGAAUGUUUCCGAUCAAUUGUUUUUUUUUUAUCAAAACUGGUUUAGUUCUGCAUGAGGCUGCAUGCAUCCAAGUAUGUGUUUGUUGAUAAUUUAUGUUGUUAUAUGGGAAGGUAGUCUUGGGAUAAAUGUAAAGUUCUGAUUGGUUCUUACUUGGUCAGGAUUUUGCCACAUAGACCAUCAUUGCACCAUACAGAAAAUGAUAAAACAUGUAAAUUCAUUGUAAACUAGUUUAGUCCAAGUGACAUUGGUGCAUGACAAUUACCUUGCUCUCUUGAGUGGUACUGGGAAAUAUUGCCACCAUGUCAUUCCUUUUCUGUUACAACCUUGGGCCAAUAUACCUCUGUAAAGCCCUGGCAAUCAGCUGGUUAUAUAGAAGUUUGUAGUGGUUUUUGUAAAAGCGAUAUACACUUACAGGCUAUUUUGAAUUCCAGUUCAAUUGACUUCCUUGUUACUCCACAUUUAUUAAUGUACAUGAAGACAGCCAGCAAAGAUUAUUUGAUAUUUAAAAAACAACCAGUCAUGAUUAUUAGGAGAAUUAAAGUUAGCAUCAAAGACAAAUCAAUUUUGUGCACAGACAAUGUAAAUAUGGAAUAACUGAAAAAACAAUUAUUUAAAUAUACAUAUACUAAUAAAGCAAAAAUGUCAGCACCUGUACCAAAUUUAAAUCCAUUUCAACAUACAUCAGCAUGCAUAAAUGUAAAUAUUUCACUUUCCUUCCCAAAAUUUGGAAAGGCACACUAGUAAAAAAUGAAUGGGCAUGAAUGGGCAUCAGCUCAACUGUAGGAAAUUGAAUAAAUGAAAUACAUCUUUUAUAAGUUUUGACCAGUAAUCUCUAUUUAAAAAUCAAAUAAGAAAAUUUUACUUUGGUGUUGUAAAAUUUGUUUUUUAUGAGAAACGAUUCAGCAUAAACUCUCUCCUCUUGUGGAGACAUGGUGGUCUUAUGAUUAGUGAGGUGGACCCACGGUCAAGAGGUCGGUCAGCAUUAGAUUCCAUCCACCAAAACUACCUUGGUCAAGAGGGACUGAGAUGGAAUAUUUAAUGACUUGCAAAACAUAACUGAAGAUUCUCGGAAAUCCGCAAGUGAUGUAGCCAAACAUCCGAAGCUGUAAAUCCCAUGAUUCUUGAGGAACAAACAGAAACAGCAUAGCGAGAAGUUUAAGUCGCGAACCAUUGAUGGUAGACAUGCAGAUAAUAUAGGAUACGUAAAUUCUGUUGAUGAGGCGCAUAAACUUAUUGCGGAAUUUGAAACAGGAUUGACGACGAAGUUUUCUUUCUUUAAAGCUGUCAAAGGUUUCAGGAACACCAUUGUAUAUAUAUAUAUAUAUAUAUAUAUUGAUAUAGCUCUUUGGCAUUACAAAGCUUUGCUAUCGCUAUUGUGCAUUCUCACUAGUUUAUCUAGUUCAAGUUCUACCACAAUUGUGGAAUCAUUCGGAUUAAUUUAAUGCUUACACCUCCUUCCUCGGACAGAAGUCACAAAAUACUGGGGGGAAGAUGCAUGAGAUAUUUAAGGAGCAAAAAUUCGUUUUUUACUGGUGUGCCUUUCCUAAUUUUGGGAAGGAAAGUGUUCAAUUGCCAGCACGGCAUAGAUAGAACAGCUGGAGAUUAAAAGAAACAAAAAGAUGCAGAAGAAGUACUGUAUAUAAUAAUUUCUAUAUAUCCUCAACCUUUGUGUUUCUGUCAACUAUGGCUUGCUAAUUCAAAAGGUCAAAUACAUGAAUGGGUUAUAUGACAUUGAUCUCAGAAUACUUUUAUGACAAACGUGAUAACAGUUCAAUCUUGACUAAAUUGAAGAUGGUUUAGAAGUUAACAAUUAUAAGAACUUUUCACUAACAUAUGCUGCUGACAAAGGAGAAAAUAUAUGCAAUUCUGCAUUUUUGCUUUCUAUCAAGCAAUUAUAUGUUGGCUCCUUAUCACACUAUGACACUUCCGUUUUGUCACAUUCCAAAAAAUAACUUGAGAAAUACACUGUCACUCAUCUUACACUGUUAUAUUUACCUAUUACAGAAGGCUGGAAACAAAGAUUUUUUUUCAAGAAAAUAAGAUUUCUUGUCCAAGACACAAGGAAGUUUGACUGCAAAGCACAGAUAAAAAUGCGAGAAUUUUUUUUUUUUUUCAGAGAACAAGGUAGUUCUACUCAUGUAUAAACAGAACAAAUCCAAUUUAAUAAAUCAGAUAUAUGCGGCAUGACUCCUUUUCUUCCAUCCCCACUCAAAACAAGCAAACACACCUAUAGAGGUUCCAGUCUGGUCUGCAAAUGAAAAGGAGGAAGGUGAUCACUGCAAAAUUAAGCAUUAGGGUUCUUAUUUAUAACAUAUUGAUUAUUGUAUACUGAUAUCUAGAAAUUAAGGUUGCAAGUAGCAGCCAGCUGAGUUAUAGUUUGAGUUUUAUCAAGUCCAUUACUUUGUUAAAUUUAGAGUAACCUUGUCUUGAGAGAGGAAAAUUGAGGAGCUGUAAUAUACUUAUCAUCAAUUAGGGACCACAAAGAAAAAUUUAUUUAUAGACUUUUUUUGAAGGAGAGGGGUAAGACUUGUGACAAGCUGGCAGACAUAUAGAUAAACUUUACUGCUAAAUGGGUUACAAUACAAAGUGCUCAGUAUUUGGAUCAGCUAUGGCUCAACUUAAACUUUGCUUUAGCUUCAAGUUUAAUCCUUUGUGGUUUCCUUUCUCUGUGUUUAUUUUUCAAGUUAUGUACACAGAAGAACACAAAAAUGACAAGGAAUGCUUUUGAAUAUCAAGAGGCUGGAAUAAGCAAGAAACCAAAACUGAAUUUUUAAACAGUACAAAGUUAAUUUGAUCUUCCAAUGUUAUUUAAUUUUAACCAUAGAAUUUGCUAUUUAAAUUUAUCCCCUCCAUUUUUCUGGGUAUUUGUGACAAAAAAACAAACAAUUAUCACAAAAUGCAUGGUAUACAAUGGUUUGAUUCACCAAUGUGGCAAAGGCCUUUCACUGUCUAUCCAUAAAAAGGGAAAUAGUUUGUAAAAUGUAAGACAUUCUGCAUCUUGAGUGUAUACUUAUUCAUCCAUGUGAAAUUAAAGGUUACUUGAAAUAAAUGUGAAAGAUUUAUAGGAUUUUCAGACCCCUGAUAACAAUUACUAAUGUGCUGAUUUGUUGUACUUAAAGGUUAUGAUUUUAGCGGAAAUAGUGGAAGAAAUUUCUGGACCUGGAAUUUUGUUGCAAAUGUUUGUUUAAAACAGUUUAAGUCAGUUAAAAACUCUCCUGUUUCAAGAUUACAUGAUUACCACACCAGAACCUUUUGUAUUCUAUAUUAUACACCAUGUUAUGAUUAUGGUUUCAAUAAUAAAAAAAGUGCUGACUCAAGAACUUUCCAAAAUAUCUCUACAUACAAAGAAAUAGAUUGUGGUUAUGUACUCCAAAUAACAGGUCACAUCAGUCUUCUGUAAGGAAGUAGCAGAAAUUUCUGUGGUGGUUUUGGUGGAUGGAGAGAAACAUCCACCAAAACCACUUUAUUCUAUGUGUUAAGAGUUAUGAUAAUCAUUAUGAACGUUUGGUCGGUCAGCAAUUGUGCACCAUAAAAAUAAUUAGCCAGAGCACUAACUGCUAAUUAGUGCUAUAAAUCUUUUGUCCCCUGAACAUCUAACAGUGGCUAUAGAUAAAAUUUAAAAAAAUAUAUUGUUGAUGGUUUUGGUCAAAGUUUUGGUGGAUGUUCCCUAAUGACAUCCACCAAAACUACGUAACAUCUAAGCACCUUUUAAAUACGUGAAAUAUCUGCAUAAAAUUGCGUAAAAUGUUUUAUAAUACUACAAUCGAACAAUAAAUUAAUACUUACCAUUUCUUUAGUAAAAAGUUUUGACGCAAUUUCCCAAACAAAUAAUACACUUGGGUCAUUGGGAUAAGUCGGCAUGUUGUUGUAGCUUCGUAAUUUUCAUUUAGUAUAACAAGUCAUGAGUUGUCCAUCAUUCCAUCUCAGUCCCUCUUGACCAAGGUGGUUUUGGUGGAUGGAAUCUAAUGCUGACCCAAGAGGUCUGCAUUUGUAGCCUGGCCUGUGCUGGACUCAGGGUCAAGAGGUCUGGGUUCCAGUCAAUGUGUUGUGUUCUUGUGCAAAACACUUUACUCUUACAGUGUCUGUCUCCACCCAGGAGUAUAAAUGGGUAGCAAAAAUUAGUUAGGGAAACCUGAUAAAAUGCAAGGGGGGUGAAAGGGAGGGGGGAGGGAUAAUGGUGGAAUGGACUUGCAUCCUGUCCAGGGUUGGGUAGUAAUACUCCCAGUUGCUUCAUGUAAGGAAACCAGGAUUAAGGAAAGCUCAGGCCCUGGACAGGCCACUUUUCAAAUCCAGAUGUGACCUAAGUACCUACCCCUUAGUUUAAAUGAUUUAAAUUGCUACUGUUACAAAUUAUAUAAACUUGAAACACACAGAUGUUGAUUUUUGCCCAAUUUAUUUCAGUCAAUUGCAUAGGAAUGUCUUUGGUAAAUCUUGAAAUUUAUUGUAAUGAGAAGUGAAUUACUGUUUAUUUAAAUAUUAAUGCUUGUUUUCUUCAGUAUAUAUAUCUUUUGUUCUUCUACUGCUUUAAAUAUGCUAUUAAUAUUAAUUGUUUGUGAUUUUGUGUUUAUGUAUCCCUCCCAUUCUCAGGAGGGGAAAAAUAUUUAGUUUACAAUUGGGUAAUAUGUUGAGCUAAUUUUUUACCAUUUGCAACCAUCUUUUUUUUUUUCAGGCCAGGAUGACUUAAAACAGCAACUUUUUGAAAGAAGCAUCCCCUUACAGUUGCUAUGGCUAAAGAAAGAAGUCCAAUUAAGGUUCCAUCUGAAAAUGAAGACUUACCUGACAAAGAAAAUGCUCCAGUUUUUGAUGAGGACACUUUACGAGGUGAGCUAGGUUCAACUUUGGCUUCAGUCACUGUUAAAACAUUUUCUAUUCCACCAGUUUCAAGAAUGUAAGCAGAUGUGGAGAACAAUAUUAAUACACUGCAUGACCACCUUAAAGGAUAUUUGGCCAGUCAUGACUCUCUUCUAUGAUUACAAUAUGCUGUUCAUUGACUGAGAGGAUUUAUGACAUAUUUUUUAUUUUCUUUUCUCAAAUUUCAAAGCAAGUACACAAAGUUAUAAUAAGUAAAGACUUUAUUUAAUCAUCAUAUAACAUUCAUUUUGUAAGUUUGCAUCAUAAGCACCAUCAUCAUCAUCAUCAUCAUCUUUCCAUUAUAUUAUGCAACAUUAACUUGAAAGUUUCAACUUCCCCUAAGCAACCAAUUUCCAGUAGAGAGCAAGUGUUAUAUCAUUGAAUAUGGAGGUGUUUAACCCUUGACACCCUAACAUCAGUAUCCAUAUUCUCCAUACUAUUCUUUGUAUGUUUCUUGUGGUACUGAAAAAAAGAAUUCAUUUGAAGAUCAAUGCUUCUUAGGUUGGUGAUCAUUUCCUUUAUUCUCAUGAGCUUAGUGAAUGAUUCAGCAGUAUUACUCCAAGCUUUUCAGGGGAUGGGUCAAGUUAGGCAGGUGCAAAAGUGGCAGCUGGCACUAAAAAAAUAAUAUGCAGAUUUUAAAUCUCCAGAUCUUGACAGCUCUGCUUUUGCACUAAUUAACUACAACCACAGGUAAUUAUUAACUACAACCACAGACUUUGACACAAAUCAUUUUUUAUUUUUUUCUUUGCAGCCACAGCUGAUGUUUAUAGGAAUGAGGGUAACGAGGCCUUCAAGAAAGGAGAUUUCAUCAAUGGUAUUCAUUUUUACACCAAAGGAAUUAAAAUGAACUGCAAUGAGAAAGAACUGAAGGCCAAACUGCACAACAACAGGGCUAUUGCACAUUUUAAACUUGGUAAGAUGAUUAGAGCUUUAAUAUGCAUUUUUUUUAUUUUGAAGCUAGUGAGUUGUCAGUAGUAGUUUUCUGAAAAAGGUGAUGAUUUUGAAUGCAUGCCCGGAAAAAUUUACAUCUUAUCCUGGCCUCUCAAAUAUACAAAGAAGUAACCUCUUACCCCAGAUAUCAAUGAGCAUCACAAGUGUUUCCCAAAAUUAUAGUAAUGGUAGUUGGUUUGCAACAUGUAUGGCUAAUCAUAGAUAUUUAUUUCAAUAACAGGAAAUCACCAGGAUUCACUAAGGGAUGCAGAAGCAGCCAUUGAGUUAAAUCCAACUUUCCUUAAGGCAAUUGUGAGAGGUUAGAUAUGUUAGCUGUGCUAUAAUAAUAAAAACAAAAUAACUCAACACUCUAAAGUUAAAUGAGGUUAAAUGGAGUUCAAUCUUGUCUCAAUUGACUUUAAUUAAGAGGUCGAGACCACCCUGAUGUACAUUUGAAUCCAGCUCUUGACUGCUACGCCAUUGAUUUCCAUUAAUCAUGAUAAGAAUAUUAUUUUUAACGGGAUGAAGAACUCAAUGCGGAAUGCAAAGCAAAAUUUCAGCAGGAAUAUUUUAGUUCCUUAAGUCCAAUGAGUCACAGGUGUCAGAUAUGUUAAGAGCGUGUCCACGAGAGCACCGGGCAGUCGUGCUACAAGCCAUCUCACCGAUUUCAAUGAAACUUUGGCAGUUAAAAGGGUCUACCCCAAAACUCAGAGAGACAAACUGGUUUCUGUUUUGGUUCUUCCGGGGGGAGAUAGACCACCCCCGGUUUUUCUUGGUUUUCACCAAGGAAAUCGCUUCAAAUAGGUAAAAUGUAUGAAGCUCUCACUGCGAUGGUAUCUAACCGAUUACUUUGAGGAUUUGCAAACAUAUUUUUACAUCCUUAGUUAAUGUCUGCUGCGAGUAUCAGUCAGUUUGAUUGACGGCUUGUCAAUCAACAGAGGCAAAUAUACGACUUUGGUUUUAGACUUUUCGAUUCAUCCAAAUAUUUGACAACUUUGAUGUCAAAUAUCUCCUGUUGCCAGAAAGCUACAACACUAAUCCUAAUUCACCUUUAUAACCCAUCAUUUCAUCUCUGAAAAUAAUCAAAAAAAAUCUUUGGGCACUACCGUAUUUUUUGUCUUGGAUGCCUUUUAAAAUCUGCGACUGUGACAAGUUUCUCUCAACUACACCUGUCACGCAAUUCUUGCUCUAGGCGGUCACUUGACGAAAUAAACCUACAUUUUUAGCUCUUUAUACAAGAUGAUUGAUCAAGAAAGGUGAAAAAUGUGAAAAAAAAACUUUCGAUUGUAGGAAUGGAAAAUGUCAGGUUUAGAGAGAUGCAUGUAAACGAAAAAUCAAUGUGAAAAUCGAAGCGUUUCUUUCUUCAGUCGUUUAUUACUUUGAAGAUUUGCUAAAAUCAGCAGAUAUGUCUUUUGUACGGCACAAAACAUUCAUUAGUCUAUAAUAUGAUUGUUAAUCAUCAUCAUUGCUCAUUUUAUUUCAUGCUGCGUGUUGGUUGAUAUUACUAAUUGUUCCAGUGUGCUACAACUUCGGCUUUUACAGACGAGAAAUUCUGCGCUCUCGCUCGAGAGCAAAUAUCAAUAGUUCUAUCGGACUAAAAACUGUGCUUCUAUCCCGAAAAUAAAAUUAAAAAAAUAGUGUUGUCGUUGUCACUUACCGCCAUCAAACAUUUCCAUUCAGACCUCCGCUAAGCUAACAUCUGUUGUGUGACCCGAAGACUCUUAGUAGGAAUUAUUCAAGCGCGUUGUUCAUGCUGUCUGCUAGAUAACAAUUUCAGAAUAAUCUGCAGAUCUCUAUGAUUAUUUGCCUGCUUCGAUCGUAAAAUAUCUGCAUAUUUUUUUCAAGCAUUUUAUUACUACACAUCAAUCUACAUCUCUCUAGAUCGAGUGUUGCCGGCGUUUAAUUGCGUGACUUGUAAAAUUUUUAAAUAAGAAUCUGAGCCAGUGAUAAUUUGACGAUUAGCCUUCCUGCAAAUUUCCCUUGAUGAAAUCCCAAGACAUAGCCAGUUGUUUUCGUGAGCAAAGACAAUAAACAUGAGAGAAAAGUGAGAUGCAAAUGUCUUCUUUUUUUUUUAGCUUAAUAUCAGCUUUACCCUCUCCUGCAGUCUUCGUCUAAAUUUUGCAAGGUCUCUCCUUAUUUUCUGCCUUGUUCGGUCAGUUUCGAAUUCUGAAGCUAGAUCAUUGGCAUUGGCCUCUCCGUCCUUAUUCAUAUUUACCGAGGGGGACCUCAUCAAUAAACCAAUUUUUGUUACGACAGAUAACCGGCUGAAGUAUCGAGCGAUUUGCUGCUGUAUCAACCUGUCAGUCUUAGACAACAUUUCUGGCUGGUGUCGUCUCUUAAACUCGAUAUUUGGGAAAUCACAUUAGAGGCGGUUGCCUUACUAGUUUCCUCCCUUGUCCAGCACACGUUUAGGGAGAUAAUUCUCUGCUUUUCUGAGAAAAGGUGGCUGUUUUUGUGUUUUCCAAAGAGCCCAUCCAAAGUCCUCUUGGCUAGUUAGGGAUUGUUUGUCAGAAUUUUUACCUGACCGACCUGGAACGUAGCCAUCCCUAUAGAAUGGCAAGCCGAUCUUAGUCCAUUUCCUCUUGAUCUUAUCCUAGGCGGAAUUUUUUGUCGGCCUCACUGUUUUUGUCUUUGUCAGGGUACAUUUGGAUGGCAGCCAAUGACUGAAACGUCUUGAUACAUCCUUCUUUUAGCAAGAAUAUCUCGCUUUCUUGUUCCGUUUAUGACGGACUGGGUAUAGCUCUCGCGAUGACCCGCGUUCAGAAAUCUGUGCACGUUGCUGAUAACCACCCGCUUCUACGAUUAGUUUCCUGAAGGUUUCUAAUGUCACGAGCCUAGUGAGACCCUGAGGUGCUUCAAACUGUGCCAGUUGGUCUGCGCUAUAAACUUGUCGCAGUUCUUAAGUCAGAGGGAGGAUCGCCCACCUCUAUCUAUGUGAGCGCCUCUACAGUACCUGCGUAUCCCUAGCAAUCAUAUGAUAUAAAGUUCAUCUCAGUCACAAAUCACCAGUUAGGAAAACUGAUGUUCAUAUAAGCGCUGUUCUUGCCCUUCUUCGUUAUUCAUUGUCGACUCUAAGAUAGCAGCUACAGUACGCGUUCUAUUUAGGUUUACGGUCACCUUGCCGCCACCAGGAAGACUCGCCACCAGCUUUGAUUUCUUCUGCCAUCUGCAGAUUCAUCUCUCUCACUUUAUGUCUCUGAUUUUUAUGAGGAGGAUACUGGCAUUUACGAACCCGAAGGUCUGAAUCUCACACCAAGUUGUGCACGAUAUUUGAGGUACAUCGUGAAAUCGCGGCCUUCGUAAUCUCCAAAUAAGCCAAUACGCGCUAGAAUAAGCUCCAUCUCGGACGAAACGCAUGUUUGGGAUACAUCGACGUCUCUCAAAUGUUUUUUUAAAGCUGUAUACCCACGAAUUUAGAGGUGUGAGCUGUUGCCGUCCCUGGCCAGCGCGAGAAAAAUAACUUGGUCCUACAGUUAGUUGCAAAUGAACAAGACAACUGCACCAUCUUGACUUUAUCAAUUCGAGUGUUAGUUAAAUUUAGGGCUUUUUAGACACUCGAUUUCUUAUAUGACAUCACCAUUAAGACGUAAUACAACUGAUACACCUACACUACAUAGGAUUAACAAUGUCUGUUGCGCUGUUACAAGAAGGAGGAAAAUAUUACCGGAAGUGUAAACUCUUUUUAAAAAGAGUUUCAGAGACGUUUCAGAGAUGUCUAUCUUUGAUCGGCUGCCACAAAAAAAAAUGACCCCCACUUAAAUUUACUAGGAAAAAUGACCUUACCAACUCCUUGUUGAAAAAAAUUGCAAUUCAUUUGACCGAUACGCCGGUUGUUUCAAUUUUUCUUUUUUCCUCGGGCUGCUAUGAAACAGUUCAUAAAUUGACUAAUGAAUAAAGUGUUUUGAAAUACCGUUCGGGAUUUGCCUUUUUUUUUCUGCGUGCAAAUCAAGGGUAGACAAAGUUUUUAAAACAUUUGACUAGAAUUUCAUGGACUUCACCUCGAUAAUUUUCGUCGGCCAGAGUCAAGACGCGCCAAGCUAAGCGACAUCGCCUUCCAGUAAAAAAAUUUUCCAAAGAAUAAACGUGGCGAGCGUGAGGAAACGCACAUUUUUUUCAUCAUUGUGAUCAAAGCCCAAUGAUGUACCUAAAUUGGUACUUACGGUAUCAAACCAUUGAUUAUGACAGGGUGAGCUUAGUUUUUCUGUCGAGGUCGACGUGACUUCACAUAAAAAGCAUUUUUGACGGAACAAACUAGUGAGCAUCACUGCAUGAACUGAGAAAGUAAAAACUUGUAUUUAUCUCCCACGCGUUUCGUCUGACAAUAGUAGACUUCAUCAAGGAUUUUUUCAAGUAGGGUAAAUAAGCUUGCUCAUAUACAACUAGUAAAUAAGUUGUGUCUUUACUAUUGAAGUCAGUGGAUAGAAUACGCCAGGUGCGCCUACGGUGUUAUACAUGCAUGACAUUUUCUGGACGUUACACGUACGAGUACGUGAUCCGUUUAAGGGUCACAGAUUUAGUGUAAAUAUUUCACUCCUCAACAUCACCCAAUGUCUCUCGUUUACAGAGGUCUUAGAACGUUUCAUUAUAUUGAGUUGCCUUCUGCGGGUAGAAGGCUACAAGCGAAUUUCUUAGGCGUAAUUGCUUUUGAUUUCUCAAUUGAUGUUGUCCCAAACACAGUUUUUGGGAGUCACGAGACAAAAAAACUUAUCAGGACCUAGUUUCAUCUUCUAAUGGAAAUAAAUAGCAAAUAAAAACACAUUUUCUUGAGAAAUAAAGUCACAAAUGACGGGGGUUCUCUGAAACAAAUAUUGAUAGAGAAGGAUUUCAGUUCUGGUCAAUAUUGACUUUUCAUGGCCUACUUCCAAAUCUGAGGGAACGUGCUGAGGGAAUAAAAACAUAAAUGUGUGAUAAUGCAAGCAGGAGAAUGAAAAUACAAAUAAAGAAAAAGGAGAACACAUAGGAACCCGUGUUGCAGCGUGCAGAUAUCUUUUGAACCAGACCUACACACAUAAGCCCGACACCAGCCAGAGAAACUCGAAAGAGUCCUGUAUAUGAACUAGCUCGCACUUGCACGCAGGAAAGGCCAUGACAAUCAGCGAAAAUAAUAGCAAAUGCAGAUGAUAUUUGCAGUCAAAAAACAGGAAAAUAAGAUAACAGAAGGAUUAGGAACUUUCUAAAAGUGUCUUCUUGAAAAAAAGAUGAACAAUUUUUACUUCUCAUAAAAGGUCACGCUGUAACCCUACAAAUACUAUUCCUAUACGUGGAAUUUCUUGAUGGUGGAAAGUGGAAUAAACAUUUUCCAGUCUUUUUUUCUGGAAACAUGGCGUAGUUAAUGAACUUAUGGGGCUAUUGAUAUUUCUUAACAAAUAAGGGGGCAGAGUUUCCCGUCAUUCGCGGUAUGGAAAAGCCGAAGUUGUUACACUCGGGAACUUGUACGUCAACAAGCAGGCGACAUGCGACUUUAAAAUCUCCUCUCCUGUUACAGUUUCCUUAUGGUAAACUGUGCGAUAAUGAUAAUAGACGAUCAAAGUAUAGGCUAAUGAAUGUUUUGUUCUGUACAAGAGCCCUAUGUCCUGAUUUUAGCAAAUCUUCAAAGUAAUAAACGACUGAAGAAAGAAACGCUACGAUUUUCCCAUUGAUUUUCCGUCAACAUGCAUCUCUCCAAACGUGAAAUUUUCCAUUCCUACAAAAAAUCUCGAAAGAUUUUCACAUUUUUCACCUUUCUUGAUCAAUCAACUUGUAUAAAGAGCUAAAAAAUUUAGGUUUAUUUUCUCAAGUGACCGCCUAGAGCAAGGAUUGCGUGACAGGUGUAUUUGAGAGAAACUUGUCACAGUCGCAGAUUUUCAAAGGUAUCCAAGACAAAAAUACGGUAGUGCCCAAAGAUUUUUUUGAUGAUUUUCAGAGAUGAAAUGAUGGGUUAUAAAGGGUAAUUAAGAUUAGUGUUGUAGCUUUCUGGCAACAGGAGAUAUUUGACCUCAAAGUUGUAAAAUAUUUAGAUGAAUCGAAAAGUCUAACAAAACCAUCGUAUAUUUGCCUCUGUUGAUUGACAAGCCGUCAAUCAAACUGACUGAUACUCGCGGCGGCCAUUAAGUAAGGAUAUAAAAAUAUGUGUGCAAAUCUUCAAAGUAAUCGGUUAAGUACCAUCGCAGUGAGAGCUUCAUACAUUUAACCUAUUUGAAGCGAUUUCCUUGGUGAAAACCAAGAAAAACCGGGGGAUGGUCUAUCUCCACCCGGAAAAAACCAAAACAGAAACCAGUCUGUUUUUUUGAGUUUUGGGGUAGACCCUUUAAACUGACAAAGUUUCAUUGAAAUCGGUGAGAUGGCAUGUAGCACGACUACCCGGUGCUCUCGUGGACACGCUCUUAAGUCACUAUCUAGCUGUUUUAAAAAGAAGGAUCAGGACUUACCUAACUUUUAGUGUUUUUUUGGGAGUUGUUGAUCCUAAUUUAAGUGUUCUUAGAAGUUUCAGUUGUCUGUAAAGCUAAAUAAAUCUAACUGAAACCUAAUAGGAACUGUUUAUUCUUUUCCGUUUAGUUUUUUUGUAUUGCUUUGUUUUGUAUUUUUUUCCUUCUGGUCUGUAAUGAUUUCAAUAGUUUCAGGUUCUUUUCUCAGAAUUGAGCUACAGUAAUAGUAUGCUUCUGUGUGUUGUUGCCUACAGGAGCCACUGCUUGUGUUGAAUUGAAGAGAUUUGAAGAAGCAAUCACUUGGUGUGAUAAGGGACUAGCUGUAUCCUUUGAUGGCAUCUUUCAUUUUUAACCGUGGGUAUAAUGGAAAAAAGUUUCCAGCUCCUAUACUUUCAAGGGAGAAAAUACAAAGAAGGGUAUUAAUUAUGAUGGGAACUUGUCAGCUCAUAUACUUUAAGUGUGUGGGAUUAAAAACAUAGGAGAAGUUAUUACCUCAUGACUUAAUAAUGAAAUUACUCCUUUUAGCCAAUUUGACUUAGUUCUACUAUCCAUGCCAAUAACUGGUACAUUAGUUUAAAUAACCCUUUAAUUUCCCAGACCAAAUUUGUAAUGAUCCUUACUGUCAACCAUAAAAUUCUUGUAAUGUUAGUACAGAGAAUUCAGUAUUUUACUCUCAACACUUAUUUGAUUGAUAUUGUAUUGCUAUUGUAAGGAGAAAUUCUCUUUUGGUCACUCACGGGAGUUAAAGGGUUAGAAGACUAAUAUUCAUCCAGUUUAUACAUAGUACUUGGGUAGAUGAUCUCUCUAAAACAAGCCAGAACAAAAAGUUCUUUAAUGUUUACAUAACUUAUGCAGAUUUCUGCCUUCGACCUUUUGCCUCUACUUAGAGACUCAGAAACUUUCGUUGUGCUUUCCUAUGGACAAAUAAAAAUUUUAAAGAUAUGUAUUUAUUUUAUGUAUUUUUGUUUUUUCCACAUUUUUAACCCUUAACAUAAAAAAGAUUGACAAAAACAAUAGGAUCUUGUCGUCAUUAAGACUUCAGUCUGUCAGUGAAGUGGGAGAUAAGUCCAUGGAGGAAAAAGAUCCUAUUAGUCACGACCACGGUAGUACAAGUUCAGGUGAUGUCAAGAAAGUCAUAGAUCUCUAUAAUCAGGGAAAAGAAGCCAUAGAGUACCACAACCUAUAUCUUAAACAAGCUAAAGAAGUAGGAGACAAGCAUGGGGAGGGCAACGCUUAUGGCAAUCUUGGCAAUGCUUAUUUUAGUCUGGGUGAUUACAAAAAAAAAAUAGAGUACCACAACCUACAUCUUAAAAUAGCUAAAGAAGUAGGAGACAAGCAUGGGGAGGGUGCUGCUUAUGGAAAUCUUGGCAAUGCUUAUCACCGUCUGGGUGAUUUCAAAAAAGCCAUAGAGUACCACAACCUACACCUUAAAAUAGCUAAAGAAGUAGGAGACAAGCAUGGGGAGGGUAACGCUUAUGGCAAUCUUGGCAAUGCUUAUUUUAGUCUGGGUGAUUUCAAAAAAGCCAUAGAGUACCACAACCUACAUCUUAAAAUAGCUAAAGAAGUAGGAGACAAGCAUGGGGAGGGUGGUGCUUAUGGCAAUCUUGGCAAUGCUUAUCACCGUCUGGGUCAUUUCAAAAAAGCCAUAGAGUACCACAACCUACAUCUUAAAAUAGCUAAAGAAGUAGGAGACGGGCAUGGGGAGGGUAACGCUUAUGGCAAUCUUGGCAAUGCUUAUUUUAGUCUGGGUGAUUUCAAAAAAGCCAUAGAGUACCACAACCUAAUUCUUAAAAUAGCUAAAGAAGUAGGAGACAAGCAUGGGGAGGGUAACGCUUAUGGCAAUCUUGGCAAUGCUUAUCUUAGUCUGGGUGAUUUCAAAAAAGCCAUAGAGUACCACAACGUAGAUCUUAAAAUAGCUAAAGAAGUAGGAGACAAGCAUGGGGAGGGUAACGCUUAUGGCAGUCUUGGCAAUGCUUAUUUUCGUCUGGGUGAUUUCAAAAAAGCCAUAGAGUACCACAACCUACAUCUUAAAAUAGCUAAAGAAGUAGGAGACAAGCAUGGGGAGGGUGCUGCUUAUGGCAAUCUUGGCAAUGCUUAUGACCGUCUGGGUCAUUUCAAAAAAGCCAUAGAGUACCACAACCUACAUCUUAAAAUAGCUAAAGAAGUAGGAGACAAGCAUGGGGAGGGUAACGCUUAUGGCAAUCUUGGCAAUGCUUAUUUUAGUCUGGGUGAUUUCAAAAAAGCCAUAGAGUACGACAACCUACAUCUUAAAAUAGCUAAAGAAGUAGGAGACAAGCAUGGGGAGGGUAACGCUUAUGGCAAUCUUGGCAAUGCUAAUGACCGUCUGGGUGAUUUCAAAAAGCCAUAG